AUGACGAAAAUAUUCAACCGUAACCGUGACGUUAUUCAAAAAUCAUUCUCGCUCGUUGAUUUGAAUGAAACUGGCAAUGUCGUCAUUCCACGCUACGUGCGAGUGAAUACAAUCAAAGCCAACAUCAAAGUAGUCUGUGACCAUUUUGACCACUCGGGAUUAAGUAAUUACAAAAUCGAUCCAACAUGUCCAAAUCUAUUAGUUUUUCCGCCAAUGACUGAUCUCCACACUCAUCCUCUGUACACUCAGGGUCGAGUAGUCCUUCAAGACAAGGCUUCAUGUUUGGCCGCCCACUUGCUCAAACCUCCUCUCCACGCUCACGUGAUUGACUGUUGUGCUGCCCCUGGGAAUAAGACAUCUCUCUUGUGUGCCACCAUGAAAAAUUCGGGCAGGGUUUUUGCCUUUGAUAUCGACUCCGAGAGAGUUCAAGUCCUCCAAAGGCAAAUGACACUUUUUGGGUGUUCCUCUGCCACAGUCUUACACAAAGACUUUCUGUCGGUGGACCCAAAUGACCCCUCGUUCGACCAGGUGACUCACAUUCUGGUGGACCCUUCCUGUUCUGGCUCAGGUUGUGUGGGUGAUAUUUUCGAGGGAUGGAAUUACAGAACGCGGAUUCGGUCUCUUAGGGCAUUCCAAAGACGGAUUCUGAUCCAUGCCUUGUCCUUUCCUUCAGUGAGACGUGUGAUCUACUCAACCUGCUCUAUUAAUGUCGAGGAGAAUGAACAUGUCGUUCAAUUUGUAUGCAUUUGGGUGUUCUAUGACUAA